AUGACAAGUUCAGCAUUGCUUGGGGAGAAAGGAGAUCCCUGGUUCGAUGACGGGAACAUUAUACUCGUAACAGAGGACCAACAAACCGCGUUCAAGAUUCACCGGGGCGUGGUAUCUCGAUAUUCUGAGAUAUUCAAGGGAAUGUUCGAGCUCCCGCAGCCCAACGCCCUUACCGACUCAGUCGAAGGCUGCCAAGUCGUGCCCAUGUAUGAUAAUUCGGUUGAGUUAUCACGUCUGGUGAAGGCAAUCUAUGAUGGCCCUUCUUUUUCAGAGAAUUCCCUUGAGGACUUCUAUUAUGUGGCUGGAAUAAUCCGUCUCUCCUCAAAAUACUUUAUUUCCCACCUGCGUAAAGAGGCCGUCCGGUUCCUUACUCAGACUUGGCCUUAUACACUGCAAACACACGAUGAAAUGGUGGAGAAAGCUCUUCGCAACCCACCUGUCAACGGCUUCAGCUACCCCUACGUUCAUCCACUACACGUUCUCAAUCUAGCCCGAGAGGUCAACAUUCGGCUUGUCAUCCCAUCCGCGCUUUACUUCCUCUCCUUGUACCCUCUGACAGAAUUGUUGAAGGCAGACCAUGCCAAGCUUAUGGUCGACCAUCCGUCUCGACCUUCAUCUACGCUCGAUGCUCAAGAUUUGAAAGACUACACACUUGUGUUUCAAUCCCGUAUCAACUUGAUCCUCGAGUUUACGAAGACAACAUGCAGCCAACAACCUGGUCAUGGCUGCGAGAACCAACUUGAUCCGAAGUCAUGUAAAAAGGGCUUCAUACGCUUGUCCUCACGCCUAUCCAAGUCCUGGAUGGUAAGGACAAGCCCGCUACAUUUUAUGCGACAAGCCAUUCAAUUGGUGAAUGACGAUCCUUCCGUUUGCAUCGCCUGUCGGCUUAGCUUCCGUCGAGACACCGAUGCACUGCGGGAAGCGUUCUGGAACGAUUUACCCAUCGUGGUGGGCCUGCCAGGUUGGGACGAACUUCGCAAGGAGGAGCUCUAG